AUGAAUAUGGCAAACCAAACAAGAGUGACAGAGUUCAUCUUCCUGGGGUUUUCUGGCGUGCUGUAUCUGCGGCUUGCGUUAUUUGUGAUGUUUCUCACUGUAUAUCUGCUCUCCCUCAUGGGAAACACCCUCAUCAUUUUCAUCGUUCUGAUGGACUUCACUCUCCAAACACCCAUGUACAUUUUCUUAGGAAAUCUGUCCUUCCUAGAGAUCUGGUACACCACAGCAACAGUGCCUAAGUUGCUGGCCACCUGUGUCUCGCGGGUGGUCACCAUCUCUGUUUCUGGUUGUGUGGCCCAAUAUUACUUCUUUUUCUCUAUGGGAGCUACGGAGUGCAUCAUGCUGGCUGUGAUGGCCUAUGACCGGUACCUGGCCAUCUGCAGCCCUCUGAGGUACUCAUUCCUCAUGCAUCUUCCCGUGUGCCUGCGGUUUGCAGCUGGAUCUUGGGUUGGGGGCUUCGUUGCCCCGCUCCUACCUACCAUACUCAUCUCUUACCUAGUUUGUGGACCCCAGAAUAUCAAUCAUUUCUUCUGUGACUCAGACCCAAUUUUUAAACUCUCUUGCUCAGAUACAUUCUUGGUGGAGGCCUUGGGCUAUACGUGUAUUUCUGUUGUG